AUGGCGCCUGCACAGCAAAAGAGAAAGCGCCCGCAGGACGACCACCAGAACCGCGCCUCACCCCACCGUCCUGAGAACCUCAAUCUGGCCCAGCAGAACCAGCGCAACAACAAUAACAACCGUCGCAAUGGAAAUGCUAGCCAGAACCGCUCCAACAACUCGACUCCUACUCACAACCGCCACGCCAACUUCUCGCAACCCUCCUCCGCAAGAAACUCGCCCGCGCAGACUCCACACACUCCACAGCAGAAUGCGCAACCACCGCCGCAACAGCUGCAGCAACCAGAGCCAGUACGCCCUGCUCUGCAACCGACACCCGCUGCCACGCCGGCUCCUCCCCUCGUCCUUCCUCAGUACCCACCGACGCCCAAGGAACCCCCGGCUCCUUAUGCCUACGACUACUUGACCGAUGAUGCUGUGAGCGCGUGGCAGGCAAAGGGAAAGCAGUCGGUGCUGGACGCUCUGGAGAGCGCAGAGGACAAGGAUGUGGUGUCGAACACACUCAUACAAGAGCUGCUGAGGACAACAUUGGACGGCCGUUUGUCUGCUGGAGAGUGCGCCGAAGUGCUGAAACAAGUGGCCCCUACCGACGAGCUGCAGUCUGUCUUUGGCGACACGCUGGCUCUGCUCGACGACACGGACUGGAAGAAUCCCGUUCUCAAGACACUUGUUCACCACGCUGGCCUCUCUGCUCAUCUCCUCCGCAACGAGCUCGAUAUCGAACCCCUGUCGGCACUCGGUCUCGUGCGCAACACCUUCUCGACUAUUCGCAACCGCAAGACGACAAACCUCAUCUACCGCCAGGCUAACUUCAAUUUGCUGCGUGAAGAGUCAGAGGGCUACUCAAAGCUCAUCACCGAAUAUUUCCACGCCGCCAAUGCUGGUUUGACCUCUGACCUGAUCGCUGAGCAUACGUUCCAGCGCAUCAAGGCUCUCGUCGGCUCUUUCGAUCUCGACGUUGGCCGAGUCCUGGAUAUCACUCUGGAUGUCAUGGCAAACCUACUGAUAAAGAACUGCCGCUUUUUCAUCAAGUAUCUACGCGCAAGUUCAUGGUGGCCAGAACAGCAUAUUCCGGAAGGUUUCCAGACUCAAGGCCAGGGCUUUACCUCUCUACCAGCUUGGGCUCUUCCCCAUUCGGCAUCGUCGAGUCAGACUUCGGAACAGCGUGCCCAACUCGCUGCUCUCAAGGAAGCCCGUGAUGUGGAUUUCUGGCAACAAGUACGCAAAGUGGGCAUGGAGGCUUUCUUCGAUAUUGGCGCUCUUCGCAUCACAAAUCUGGAUGCUUCUGCCGUUGCCGAUCUUCUGAACACCGAACUCAAGCCCGAGUUGGACGCCAGAGGUCGUGAGAUGAACAUGAUCCGCCGCCUUCGCACCAACAACGCCCGCAAAUGGAUGCGUCAAACCGGUUGCAUCGUACCUCCUGGCAACUCCGACGCUGCUCAACUACUUGGCUUCAAACUAGCCUUCUACUAUUCUGCUGCUCGCGACAAACAUGAUGUUCUUCCUGAUAACCUCAUCUAUCUUGCCGCUUUCCUCAUCAAGAUUGGUUUCAUCUCUUUAAGAGAUCUAUACCCCCACUUGUACCCCCCGGACGAGAAGAUGGGAGAGACCAAGGAGAGACUGGAAAAGGAGAAACUGGAACGGGAAAAGGCUGCAAAGCCUGGCGGUGGUGCUCUGAAUGCGCUUGCCAUGGCUGGUGCUCUUGCAGACGACACGGCUCCCGCACCGCAUGCCGCCGUUCGUGGUCUACGAGACAAUGCUUCUGGACGAGCAACCCCCAAGGCCGAGUCUGACGCUGCCGAAGCCGCUACAGCGGAUGGCGAAAAGGAAGCUCUGCCCGAGCCUGCCAACCAAAAGGUUGCGCUAGUCAAAAGUCUUUUGGCUAUUGGCUGUCUACCUGAAGCUCUGUACAUUCUUGGAAGAUUCCCUUGGUUGACUGACCUCGUUCACGAACUACCCGACUACAUUCACCGCAUCCUCCAUCACAUGCUUACCAAGGUCUACGAGCCAGCCCGACCUCUCGCGAACAGGCCCGGUAUGAACGAUGCCAGACCUCACAUCGGCGAUCCGACCGGCUUGCCCAAGGGUCAGCUCAACCUCACUCCUGCACCACCGACCAGGACUCUGAGAUGGGCCAACCUCGAUCGUCCUGACCAUGGUGAUGCUGUCGAGUACAAGUUCUAUUGGGACGAUUGGGUUGACAACAUUCCCGUCUGCCAAACGGUGGACGAUGUGUUCCAAUUGUGCAGCACGUUCCUGAACUUGACGGGUGUCAAGAUCGGCAGAGAUUCUGCUCUCUUGAUGAAACUGGCUCGCAUCGGCAAGAAGAGUUUGACUGACGAUCCUUCCGACACCAACUACGCUCGCUGGAUUGAUCUCUGCAAGCGUCUCCUUGUUCCUGCUCUCAGUCUGACAAAGCACAAUACUGGUGAUGUUAACGAGAUGUUUGAGCUCCUCAAGUUCUUCCCUACGAGCACUCGUUAUUCCAUAUAUGCCGAGUGGCACUACGGCAACACCUCCCGUCUUCCUGACAUCAAGUCCGCCUUUGACCUCACUAAGGCUGAGACAAAAGACGUCCUCAAGCGUAUCAGCAAGACGAACGUGCGAGCCAUGGGUAAAGCUUUGUCCAAGGUCGCCUUUUCCUCUCCUGGUAUUGUCAUGCAAGUCGCCAUUCAUCAGAUGGAAUCCUACGACAAUCUUAUUGAUGUUGUCGUGGAAUGUGUUCGCUACUUUAGCAUGCUCGGAUAUGAUGUUUUGACUUGGUGUUUGAUGAACGCUCUAGGUGGUGGUGGCAGAAACCGUGUACAGGCUGACGGUAUGCUUACCAGUCCUUGGUUGCGUGCUCUCUCCACCUUUGCCGGCUCCAUUUUCAAGCGCUACUCUGCCAUGGACCCAUCGCCCAUUCUGCAGUAUGUCACCAACGAACUUCGUGCUGGCAACUCUACCGAUCUCGAGGUCCUUGAGCAAAUCAUCACCGAGAUGGUUGGUAUUAAAUCUGACAUGACGUUUAACGAAUCUCAGGUUCUUGCUAUGGCUGGUGGUCCGGUGCUCAAGGCACAGACACUGAUCUCCUUGCUCGAUGAAAGACACAAGAUGGAGAAACCGUCUCGUCGUUUGAUCAAAGCACUUACUGAACCCGGACUUGCUGGUCAGCUUUUGAUUUCCGUCGCACAAGAAAGUCAGAUGUACGCCCACCAUGAAUCUACUCAGGACGCACCUCUGAAAGUUUUGGGAAACAACAUGGACAAGCUCUAUCAGGUCUUUAACCAAUAUCUCGAGACUCUCCGAAGUACGCUGCGACCUGACGAGUUCGAUGCCGUCGUUCCGGACACUGUCAGCCUGAUGGGUGACUUUGGUCUCGAGCCAUCAAUCGCAUUCAUGAUCGGCCGCGCAAGUAUCGCUCAUGCUAUUGCAGAGAGCGAUGCAGUCAGAAAGGCCGAACAGCAAGCCAGGAGAUCGAGUCAGUCAGCUGCUACCAAUGGCGACGUCACUAUGGCAGAUGUUGAGGAGAAAGACGUAAAGACCGAAGGGAUUCUCUCGUCACCCGCCGAAGAGAAGCCUGUUCUCUCCCUUACUGAGACAGACGCGGAGAUGAAGAGUGUUGCACACGCCAAUGGUGUCGACACUACGACCCCUACUCCAUCGCCCGAAUCGCAUUGGCAUCCUGUCUUGACCCCUCUCAUCGAAAAGACGCGCGACCUUCUGGGUGACAAGCUGGAGCAGAGCAUAAGUAUUCCGUUCUAUGUCACUUUCUGGACCUUGGGACUAGAAGAUAUCUUAGUCAACACCAACAGCUAUGAUCAAGAGCUCGCCACUCAAUCCCAUCUCAUCAAUCAGAUUAACAACGACCGUACCGACGUUACCGGCAAAGGUAUGCAAGAGAAGGACAGGAGAAAGAAGGCUAUUUCUGAGUUGAGGGAAAAGCUCACUCAGGAAAUGAAGAGCCAAAUCGGCGCCUACACUCAGGUCCGCAACAGGCUCAACAAGGAAAAGGAUCACUGGUUCAACGACUUCCAUAACAAGGUUGAGCUUUUGCACACCAGCCUUCUCCAGAACUGCUUCCUCCCAAGAAUGAUGAACUCUCCUCUGGAUGCUCACUACACCUACAUGAUGUUGAAGUUCCUCCACAACAACGGCGCUCCUGGAUUCCGUACUAUGCAUCUGUUGGAUCGUCUUUUGCGCAAGAAUCAACUGUCAUCUCUCAUGUUCCAAUGCACACCCAGAGAGUCCGAGAACUUUGGCCGCUUCUUGAACGAGGUACUGAAGGAGCUCUCAUCUUGGCAUGCGGACAAGGCUGCAUACGAGAAGAACGCAUUCGGAGCAAAGAGACAGCUCACUGGGUUUGCAAGAAAACUCAAUCCAGAUAACACCCCACAGACCUUCCUCAACUAUGAGGAGUACCGUGUACUGUUGUACAAGUGGCACUCUAACUUGAAUGCCGCUUUCCAGAUGUGUCUAGAAUCUGGAGAGUACAUGCAUAUUCGUAACGCCAUUAUCGUCUUCAAGGCUGUUGCCCAGCAAUUCCCAGUUGCAGAGCCAAUGGGCAAGAUGAUUCUCGACUCUGUCACUGCUCUCAGCAAGGCCGAUGGCAGAGCCGAUCUCAAGCUUGCUGCCGCAAGUACUCUGGGCGACAUCCGCAAGAGACAGUCUUCUUGGGUUUCCAAGGAGCACUUUACAGGAAAACCCGACCCCAACGCCAAGCCAGUUCCAUCCCCAGCAGAGACUCCCGCUUCUCGUACUUCGACGCCUCUUAACCCUACAGCACAAGCAUUCAAAGCUCCUCCAGCUCAGACGGGUGAAUCAGAAGAUGGAGAGAUUGACGAUGAUAAGCAAUCUUCAAGUAAAGCAACCGGUGACGAAAAGUCGGACACACUGCUUGAGAGAAAGGCUGCUCUCAGACCACCGCCGCGAGCCGUUGGAGGCCAGUCCAGAGCUCACACGCCUUCGCAACGUGACGACUCAAGAUCAUCAUCAGCUCAACCGACUAGGAUGCCUCACUCUCUGCCUAGCAAGCCAGAGCUACCCAACCCAAGACAAGCUAUGGGACGUGGCCCUGCGCAACUACCCGCUCGACAUGAUUCUCGCGAGCGUGGUCAUGCUCCCGAAUAUGGGCGACUUGAUCGACCCAGUGAGGCCAUGCGUUCCAAUCCAACCAGCAUGCCGAGAGAUGCCUCACCCCCAGGAGCACGUGGAGGUAGAAGUCGUCAGAGAUCACCAGAAUACCCACCUCGUGAUGACAGACGCGAUCACUACGGCAGAUCUCAAUCUUCGGCCGUGGUAGAGCCACGCAUGGCUGAGCGCGAUCAGUAUGGUCCUGCCAGACCUCAUCCGGGAAGAACACUCCUUCAACAGGACAACAGAGGAUACCCUGGCGGUCCAAGCCCAAUGGCCCCUCCUCCUGACCGUACAGCUUACGAUAGAUCUGACCGUCCUGAGCGCUCUGAACGUCCUGAACGUACUGAUCGUGAACGUUCCGAUCGCCAGUCCAUGAGUCGAGCACCUUCCCAUUCAGCCCAAACGCCACAGCCUGCAGUCAGUGUCAACCCUGAACGUCUUGCUCUGAUUGCUGGCGACGUGCCUCCCCCCAACGACCGCAGAUCUAGAGACUCGUCUCGCGACGAUAGAAGACCCAGAGAUUCGAGACCACAAUCUCCCAAGAGGCCAGUCGACCUCCCAGCACCAGCACCUGUGCGGGAGAAGGAAGCCCCACGUAGACAACCUCUUGACCCCAAUCCUUUCGCCGCACGCGAGAACCCUCGUGCCCAACCUGAGAAGGUGGAAACACCGACUGGACCUGCAGCCGGUAGGGGUGGAAGAGGAGGUGGCCGCAUCGAUGCGCCCUCAAAGUCUGCCGCCAGUGAUUUGUUUGAGCCUGCGGGCGGUCCUAGACGAGCCGUCAACACGCAAAUGCAAGAUCCGAACUAUGGGCGCCUGAGCUCUGCGCCAGAACUACCCUCAGGACCCCCGUUAGGUCCCAAGGGCUUCGGUAACAACAAUAACCCUAGGAACUUCUCUGGACCACAAGGUGUUCCCAAUGGUCGUCCUGGUGAUGCAAGAGAUGUGCCACACAAUGCUCCUCAGGAACCCAGCAGUAACCGCAAUAGACGAUCUGGACAUGAUCGUCAGGGCUCGCAACAGGCGCAGUUCUCUCAACAACAGCCUCCACCUCCCCCACCACCGCCAGGGCAUCCUCCGCAGGCAGAAGCUGUAGGUGUCCACCCCAGUCGUCUCCCUCGCCUUGAUAUUGCACCGCCGCAGAUUGCACCGCAGAACGCUCCCACUCCUACAGGACCACGUAUGAAUCUGGGUGGCCAGUCCACUCCAAACACGCCUUCCGGGCCUUCGUCAGCUACACCUCGCGCUCCUGUUGGACCCGCAAGUGAUCGCCGUGCGAACGGCACUGACAGGAGAUUUGCUGGAUUGAACGAUACACUGCAAAGCGCAAAUGCAAAUGGCGCAUCUAUAAGAGGACGCGCCGGUGGACGUCAAGGUUCAGGUCCGAACCCCAUGAUGCCUGCAUCCGCACAGCCCAGUCCUAUCCCAGCACAGUCACCCGCCAUGCCAUCGCCAGCAAUGCGAAAUGAUUUCCCCACCCCGACAUCGUCGUCUAGAGAUCAAGGCAGCAACAGACGCCAUGACGAUCGCGAACAACGCGAUUCCAGACGUCACGGCCGCGAUGGAGGCGAUUCUCGCCAUUCUAACCAUGGCGGUAACCACGGCGGUCAUGCAUCUGCCAAUCUGCCUGCUUUACCGCCACCUUCAGACGAUUACCGCCAUCAAUCUUCCCGUGCAUCUCGCUCUUCGCGUGGUGGACACGACAGAGACGGUUAUGGUGGUAACGGCGGAGGCAGAACUGCACCACAGACUCCCACGCUGUCUUCUGUGGUCCAACCUCCUCAAGGAUUUGCUGCUCCCUCGCAACAAAUGGAUCCGUCUUCCGGAUACAACGGAGGCAGAAGCAGAGGUGGCUACGAAGGCGAAGAUAGAAACAACGACUAUCAUCGUCGCGAAAGCCGUGGUGGGAAUGAUGGUGGAGCAUCAGGCAGAAGAGACGAUGGCAAUGGCGGUGGACACCGCAGAGGUGGAAACGGGAAUGAUGAUAGCAGGAGAGGAGGAGGAGGAGGUGGCGGUGGACAACAAGGUCGUUCUGAGAGGAAGAGGAGAGGAGAGGGUGAACCUGGUGGUCAUGAGGGUAAGAGGAGAAGAUAG